AUGGCGAAUCCUCUUCCCGUUCGAACGCCGACUGGCGACUCUCAGACAGAGAAGUUUCCAAACCUAGCCUCUUUUCCAUCAUCCUCCCAGCUCAGCUCGAAUGGGUUGCCUCGCCUUUCGCCGGCAGCCUCGUUCGUGAGACGCUCUCCAAGCAAUGCAAAGCCCACUCGUCGUCGUCCAUCAGUAGAGCAUCCGGAUGUUCUUAAAACUGGGAAAUCACGGCGCUUCAAGUCCCAGUAUCCACUAGACUCGCCCGAACGCCAUGUUGAAUAUAUUCUAGUAGCCUCCUUCCACAUCGACCGCGGUCCGAUUAUGGAGCACCAGUACCCCGCUCCCAUUAGUGGGGAUGAGAGUAUGCUUGCGGAGCUGAUGCUUCCCGAUCAAACUCACGUUCGGAGUCAAGAUUGGACAAUAUUCUUCCUACACAAGGAUACGGGCUCAGACGACGAAGAUGAUGAAGAAGGAGGCAAAAAAUCAAAGAAAAGGCGAAAGAAUAAAGGAAAGAUGGACUCUUAUGAAGGCCAAGGCCAUGACCCCAAUGAGCAGAAUGAUGGAGAAGAAGGCAGUGAUUAUGAUACAGACGACGACGACGAUGAUGACGACGGAAGCGGCGAAGGCCCGCCUCUUAUGUACGUGUUGAAUUUGGUCAAUACGAAGCAAGACAAUACAGUUCGCCGAACUAGUGGCGCCGUUGUGAAAGCCAUGGCCAUCUGUACCCGCCAUUCAUUUCUUCAUAUAUAUAAACCAUUACUUUUGCUAGCCUUAGAAGAGUAUUUCAAAUCACCCUAUCCGGAAACUCUUGCCAGUCUAUAUGACGCUGUGAAUGCCAUGGAUCUUUCACUUUUACCCCGGUUCUCUUUACUGGAGCGAACUAUCCUGCAGGCCAGUGAUUCGAAAGACAUGUUUAUUGAGAAAUUCGAGCGCAUGAUUGAGCAACGAAUUGCAGAUGACGAAUCUGAGCGAAUAUCAGAGCCGUCUUCGCCCGAUUCGUCGUCCAAGACACGUUACGCCCUCCCACGAGACACGCAUGAGUACGAAUCCAAGGUAGUCUAUAACGAGAUACCGAUCCCCGUCAAGGUCCCAACCGUCAUUUGGCCAGAGACGGUGGGAGACUUUUCACUGGUCAAAUUGAUUCAGAUCUUUGCAGCUCCGCACUCGGCUACGCCUCAACCGUUUGCCCUUCAUUCCCAUCUCACCACUAAUGGUGCAUAUACGCACCCGAUCAUUGUGUUGAUCAAUGCUUUGCUAACUCAGAAACGAGUGGUCUUCCUUGGACAUAACCGCCCGUCCGGGGAAGUUGCGGAAGCGGUUCUUGCAGCGUGUGCUUUGGCGUCUGGGGGCAUUCUUCGGGGCUUCACUCGCCAUGCGUUCCCAUACACAGAUCUCACGAAGAUUGAUGAUCUUCUUAAAGUGCCUGGGUUCGUCGCCGGGGUUACAAACCCGACCUUUGCCAAUCAUCCAGAAUGGUGGGAUUUACUUUGUGACCUCCCAACAGGUCGAAUGAAGAUCAGCAGCCGGAUUGAGCAGGCACCAAUCACAGAAGGAUCGAGGUUCUUUGAACAGCAGAACGGUGGAAGCUCGUCUGGACAGGGAGGGGGGUCUGUUGACCCAACCGGUGAUGUGGCUUUCAUGAAUGAUAUUCUUCAAAGCAUCAGUCAGCGAUAUGGAGAGGGGGUGAUUCGUGCCAAAUGGCGGGCUUAUAUCCUCAAAUUUACUAGAGUCGCCGCCGCGUUUGAGGAAAGCGUUUAUGGUGCAUCCGCUCUAUACAUUAUGGGACCAGGAGAGGAUGCCACUUACAGCCCGAGUGGCACGAAAGCAGACCCUACGGACCCGGCAUCACUUCGCGGUCAUGGCUACGUGUGGUCGGACGAGGCGAGCAAAAUCCGAGAGCUGGCCGCGUCCGUUUCUCGAAUUGAAGGCUGGCGUAAUACCCGGUCUUAUUAUGGAUUUAUUCAAGAUGUUGCGACGUCAUACAAUGCGAUUGGUCCUGUUAAAUCGAUGGAUCUACAGCACCACCAUGACCGACUGCGUUCGUUGAAGCUUUCGUCUGAGGAUGCGGGCAUCAUUUAUCUUGCUUUAUCGCACGCAAUACGAGACUAUGCUGGUAUCUGCCAAUUGCUCACGGUCACACCGGAGAGCCAGGCUGGGCUGUUCUACGUCAGCCUCGGACUGUUGCACCAGGAUCCAGCCGUUCGGGAGGCUACUGCAGACCUCCUAGACCGCAUCUCUAACCAUGAAGCUGGGCGACAUUUCUGGACUUCGGUCGGACGAUUCACCAAACUUGCCUACAUGCGCGUCCGACGAGAUCGCGAUGCGCUCGCCAGCCCAGCACUGUCUACGGCCAGCCAAGGAGAUCCUUUCGGAGCUCCACUUCAGCAACAACAGAGCUUAGUGGGUAUCGCAAUGGGGGAUACCAACGCCAAUCGAAGGAGCUGAACAACACGCUAACUAUAAUUAGAGCUGAUGCUGGUGCAUUCUUCUGCUGUCUAUUUUCAUGCAACUGGAGCGUUUCUUUCUUCCCAUACAUACGUCAUUUCUUGUUAUCUUCUCUGACACACAGAUUUGAGGAAUAUACCACCGAGCUCUCUUGCUUUCAACUAUCUUCCGGAUGUCUUAAAUCACUGAUGUAGU